AUGAGGCGGGCUGGGUUCCCUGAUGUCAAUGACAAUAAUACCAUCGAACGGCUGUUUACAACGUCUGAGUCAGAGAAUGCGGCUGAAUUUGCGUCGUCGACCGAGCUCAAGAGCGGUCAGUCUUUUACUUUAGUCGACGCAGGCGGUGGUACGGUUGAUUACAUCACUUAUCGCGUGACAUGUGAAGAGCCCGUGCGACCAGAGCACGAAGUCGUGCCUGCUGACGGCAGCCUCGACGGCUCCAGCUACAUCAACGAGGAUUUUAGGGAAUGGUUAAUCCAGAAACUCGAUGAUGAAGAUAACCUCGGAGAGCAGUAUGGGAGCAUUAUUGCUCUUGUCGAAACACUCAUGUCUGAGCAUUUUGAACCACGAAUAAAGAGGAACUUUGAUGUCCUCACUAAGAAGCCGCAGAGGAUAGAGAUCAAAAUCCCUUUUCUUAAAGAAGAUCAUAACUUGGGCUUUCAGCGGAAGCAUCUUGUCGUCCCUGAAACUGCGCUUGGGAGAAUCUUUUUGAAGCGGCUCGAUAGUAUUUGGGCACACUUGGAAAGCCUGCUAGAUGAAGCAGCAGCGAAAGGGAUUGCUGUCGAGACAGUCAUGCUUAUCGGUGGCUUCGGGUCCUCCGUCUCUCUACAAAAGUACCUAAGAGCGAAAUUAAGGGAAUAUGCCACAAAUAACAACUGCCAUGUUAAGUUGAUGCUCCCUGAUGAGAGGAAUAGGGCAAUUAUCCCAACUGUUGUUUCCUCCGGUGGGGUCUACCGAGCCUGUAACAAGGUGAAUGGCCCCGAGAGGAUCGCGCAGUGUAGUUUUCGCAUCCUGAGAACCGAGCACUUCAUGGACCAUCCAGAGCACCAGAACAAAAGGUAUAUGUGGAGUCCCCACGACGGCAGACGAUACAUCGAAAACACCAUUUACUGGUUUUUGAAUAAGGAAGAGAAUAUUCCUCCAGUCUAUGAGUACCAGUUCGAUAGUAUACACCUUCUCGAUGCUUUGCCAGGCCCCUUCAUUUGUAGGGAAGAGUUUUACGUUUCGGAUACUGCGACGGAAUCCCACUAUAAGAAGUCAGAUACGAAGAAUAAAGUAGCUGAAAGAGCGGGUGCUAUCGAAGUUGAUGUCACCUUCUUGAGAGAUGAAGGGCUAAUUACGUCCGAAGAAGCGCCCCCUCAAGAGGAUGGGAAUAGGGCUGGAUCAAGGCAUUUCAAGAUCGAUUUAAAAAUGCGAAUCAAGGUCAUUGGCCGCGAUUUAGAAUGCACUGCGAUCUAUAAGGAUCAGAUCGAGAAGAAAUGUCUGAUCAACAUUGCAUCUGCUUUCAGGCCCGGCGUGGAAUAG